AUGACUGCCAAUGACUCCGCCGAGGUGGCCGCUGCCGUCUCACCAGCCAACAAUGGAAGUCUAACGAACACAGAGGUUGUUUCGACCUCCGCGGAAACCGAGCCGACCGCGUCUCCCAAUGUCGACCAGAAGCCCGCCGUCGAUCUUCAGCUUCCGACCUCCGCCGCCGAUGGUCUGAUCCAGAAGCCAUUCCCGAAGCCGCUCGAAUCCAGCAAGCCCCAGCCGCCUGCAAAGCUCUCCGUGGACCAGCAGUCCAAGUAUGACGCUCUCCUGAAGACUGUCUCGUCAUUGGAGGCCAUUCCGAACACGGCUGCAAAGGACGCCUCGACAGCCCCAGUCACCGACGAUGAGCGGAUGUGGUUGACUCGCGAAUGCCUGCUUCGAUACCUGCGUGCCACUAAGUGGAACGUUGCCGAAGCCGAGACUCGACUCAAGGCCACCCUUACCUGGCGCCGCGAGUACGGCAUGGAGAAAUUGACCGCCGACUAUAUCUCGGUUGAGAACGAGACUGGCAAGCAGGUGAUUUUGGGUUAUGACAUUCAUGGCCGGCCGUGUCUUUACCUCCUGCCCUCCAAUCAGAACACGGAGAAGAGCGAGCGUCAAAUCCAGCACCUUGUCUUCAUGCUGGAGCGUGUCAUCGAUCUCAUGGGCCCCGACCAGGAGACGCUUGCCUUGCUGGUCAAUUUCAACGAGACCAAGUCCGGACAGAAUGCCUCCAUCGGCCAGGCGAGGGAGACUCUUAGCAUUCUGCAGAACCACUACCCCGAGCGACUGGGCCGUGCCCUCGUGAUCAAUGUUCCAUUCCUGAUCUGGGGUUUCUUCAAGGUCAUCACUCCUUUCAUUGACCCGUUGACUCGGGAGAAGCUCAAGUUCAAUGAGGAUCUGCGCAAGCACGUUCCUCCCACCCAUCUGAUGAAGUCUGUUGGCGGUGAAGUUGAAUUCAAAUAUGACCACUCCACCUACUGGCCUGCCCUGAACCAACUGGCUGAACAGCGGCGCGAGACUUAUCGCGCACGCUGGAUCCAAGGCGGCAAGCAAAUCGGUGAAUUCGAGAACUUCUUGAAGGGCGAGGACAUCCUCUCCGUCUCCCAGGCCAAGGAGAACUAA